AGAGUGGAAGUGUCCGGGCGCGGGAAGCAGGGCGGGGCGGUGCGUGCCAAGGCCAAGGCCAAGUCGCGCUCGUCGCGAGCUGGACUGCAGUUCCCCGUGGGCCGCGUCCAUCGCCUGCUGCGCAAAGGCAACUAUGCGGAGGGGGUGGGCGCCGGCGCCCGGGUGUACCUGGCAGCCGUGCUGGAGUAUCUGGCGGCCGAGAUCCUGGAGCUGGCGGGCAACGCGGCCCGCGACAACAAGAAUUGA